CUUGUCGCUCUGAAAUGCCCUAGGGGGCUGUAUCCAAUGCCAGUCCUACUCAGAGCAGACCCAUGGAACUCAACAGACACAACUAACUUAGCUCCAUUGGCUUCAGUGGGCCUACUCAAUGAGUAGAUAUUUUAGUUGGGUGCAACCCUAUCCCCAGAAGGCUGGGAGGGGUGGGAGACGGGAUUGGGAUAAUAUUGGUACCUUUCCGCCUCUGUGAUUCCCUUGAUUUGUUUCACUUCCUUCAAAAGUGAUAGUCCAGCCCUGCUGUUGGGUUUGGGGACCCUGCUGCGCCUGCUGCUGCCCCGACGGCACCACUGUGCUGCUGAAGUUAGGGUUUCAGCCUUCCUUCUUGGUCACCCUGGGAAGGAGCCUGGCUGGGGUUGGGUUGAGCCCCAGAACCUCAAAUUUCCUAUCCCCUCCUUAAAAAAAAUCCCAAUAAUCACUUGGACCAGGCUUUCUAAAACUUGGGUCUCAAGCUGUUUCCCCCGACUACAACUCCUGUCAUCCCUAGCUACGUAGCAGGACCAAGUGGUCAGGGAUGAUGGGAGCUGUAGUCCAAAAAACAACAACUGGCGACCCAAGUUUCAGAAACACUGGCUUAGACCAGGCACCCCCAAACUUCGGCCCUCCAGAUGUUUUGGACUACAGUUCCCAUCUUCCCCGACCACUGGUCCUGUUAGCUAGGGAUCAUGGGAGUUGUAGGCCGAAGCAUCUGGAGGGCCGAAGUUUGGGGAUGCCUGGCUUAGACAAUGGCUGGAAGCAGCACUGGCAAGACACCAGCCAACCACAUCUGCAUGAAAUACACUAGGACACUGCGUUGAAGAGUCAUGGCUUCCCCACAAAGAGUCCUGAAAGCUGUGGUUUGUUAAGGAUGCUGAGAGUGGUUAGGAAAACCCCCUCCCAUUCCCCCCCCCCAGAGCUGCACUUCCCAGAGUGGUUUAACAGAUCUUGGGAAUCCUGCAACCGAGAUAUGGAAGAUUAUGCAGGGUAAGCCCAUUAGUCAAAAUGUUUUAAUUUCUAUGCAGGUAGAUGUAUACCGGUAAUUCCUGCUUUGAACAUCUCAGUCAGACUGGUUUUGCCUCGGGUCCCUGCUCUAGUCUGCUGACCAAAGGAGUCAUCAAAGUUGGUGGCCGUCACUCCUGCAGCAGCAACUGGUCAUAGGGAUGGCCACAGACUUAGAAUCAUAGAACUGUAGCAUUGGAAGGGACUGCAUUGGAAGGAUCAUCUUAGCUCAGGGUUUCCCCAACUUGGGUCUCCCACUGUUUUUGGACUACAACUCCCCAUUAUCCCUGACCACUAGUCCUGCUAGCUAGGGAUGAUGCAAGCUGUAGUCCAAAAACAGCUGGAGACCCAAGUUUGGGGAGCCGUGAUCUAGUCCAACCCCCUUCCAGUGCAGGAAUCUUUCGUCCACCGUGGGGCUUGAACCCAUGACCCUGAGAUUAAGACUCUUGUGUUCUGCCGACUGAGCUAUUCAAACAGCUUGAACAGAGGAUUAGGCACAAUCUUGGAAGAUAAGGCUGUUGAAACAUUAUUAUUAUUAUUAUUACUACUACUACUAUUAUUAUUAUCCUCCGGUCGGCCACUGUAAGAGCAGGAUGCUGGACAUAGGUGGGUUUUGGCCUGAUCCACCAAUCAGUGCUCUUCUUACAAACUUGUGCACCCCUGCUUCUCCCCUCUACAGCUAAGAGAAGGGUCACUGCACUCCCUUAGAGACAGAAGUAAUAAUAAUAAUAAUAAUAAUAAUAAUAAUAAUAAUAAUAAUAAUAAUGGUGGCUCCCAACAGAAUAUUAAAAACACAAUGAAGACAUCAAACAUUAAAAACUUCCCUAAACAGGGCUGCGUUCAGAAGAGGCUGCCCUUUAGUAAGUCAGACAAUUUGGCCUCUCUAGCUCAGUAUCAUCCAGGCUGACAGGCAGCAGCCCUCCAGGUCUUCAGGCAGGGGUCUCUCCCAGAGGAUGCCAUUGGGGUUGUUGAACCUGGGACCUUCUGGGCUCAAGGCAGAUGCUGUGCCGCUGAGCUGCGCCCCCCCCUUUGCCGUUCUUGCUCUGGACGCAGAUUGGGUCUGCCGAGCAGCCGCCCUCUUCCGAAGCCUCUCAGAGAAUGCCUCUCCUGGCCCCCCUUGCAGCCCCGAGUGCAAGAAAUUAGCUGCAUGCCAAGCCCGUCCAGCUGUGCGCAGGAGACCCUUGGCUGCGUCGGGGCCGUUGGGGUGACAGCCAGCUGAUGAGUGUGCGAGGCGGCUGCCUCCUCCGCUCGGCUGGCUCUUGCUUUUAAUUAAAGUUCCUUUCCCAAAGUAUGGAGGGAGGGCCUUCUGCUCUCCCCCCACUUCCAUCUUUUUAUCUUUCACCCAGAGUUAAAAGCCUCCUGUCUCCUUGACAUCUGCUGCUUGCCUCUUGCGCCCAUCUCCGGAGCCUUCCGCCGGCGGGGUCUGCUGUCGGGUGCUGAUUUAUUCAUUGGGGUGACACAUUUUCAUCAGGCGGCAGACUCUUUCCCUGUCAGUGACAUGGGCCGUGUUGCUAGACGCUCCUUGGGUGCAGUUCGCGGCAGGGGGUUUAAGCCAGAAAUAAGAAUGGUUUACUGUCAAGUAUACGGAAGCCAUCUGAGUCGUCCUCCCCUGCAUUGCCACCCCGGUUCUGCUGCCACCCCAGAUCCCGUUCAGGAGGACAGAUUCCAAAAGGCGCCUUAGAUCAGGUCUUAAUUUGAUGGACGCCUCUCCUCCUUCCUAUGGGUCCUGCAUCCUCCUUCAGCAUUCCACAACCUGGUAUCCUCUAGGUGUUGUUUUGGACUACAACUGCUGGCUGGGGCUGAGGGAGCCGUACGCCAAAAGGCUUGGAGGGCACCAGGUUGGGGACAGCUUCCCCACUGUGAGUGAAAUAAAUGCAUACCAUUUUCCUAUACCCUUCCAUCUUCCCCCUCUCCCUCUGCCCAUCUCCCCCUUUGGUGUGUUAUUAUAUCAGCUGUCUCAUUUGUGAUAUAUUAUAUGCCAAGCAUCUUGGGCCUUAAGAUUGGCAGGGGAGGCCCUGUGGGUGGCGGCGCCCGACUGGCAUUUACAGAUCCCUCUUGCCGCCUGCUCGCUGUUUGUGAAAUGCCCUCCCAGGUUGGAACCAUGAACUGGAGCCCUUUAUGUUGCCAACAUUUUGUUGCAGGCAUAACACUAUGAAUAUUGCAUGAUAUCACAGUGAUAAGUGAUAAGAAUUUGCCUGGGCUUGGGCUGGAAUGGAGUAUCCCAGGAAAGGGCGUAGCUGGUUGGAACCCUGAACUGGAGCACUCUACACUUACCAGCCUUUUGUCACACUUGUGAAUAUCGUAAUACGGAUAAGAAACUUGAUUGGGCUUGUAAUGGAAUGGCACAUCCUGGGAAAGGGCUGACUGGCUAGCUGGCUGGGACCCUGAACAGGAGCACUGUUUCAUUGCAAGGCGCCAGAAUUUGAGCCAAGAUUCAGCUACCGAAUGCCACUGCUUUUAUGUAGCCUUUUGCAGUUUUGGUGAUAAUAAGACACCCCAAACUGAGCACCCCUUAUAAACCCCAUCGGUUCCUAGGAAAAGAAAUAGGAAGCAAAAAUCUUGGGGCCUCGGCACUAGCGUCUCUGUCCUUUCAAAACACAGGAGAUAAGAGCACCUUCAAACAUGGGCAGAGUGCUUUACCUAGCCCUGGAGGGACUGGACCCUUUUGCAGUGACAUCCCUUCCUCACCCUUGCCACUGCCUUACUCCUGCCCUCUGAAAUGCCUUCUGCGAUCCUUGUUUAGUGGCUUUGGGAGAACUGCCCAGGGUGCCAAAGCGCCUUGGCCCCAAUUGUACCACGGCACCAGGUCAGGGGUUAUUUCACCCCUUCUGCUCGUCGGCCAAGUGCUCCUUUUAACAUUUGGGAAGUGCCAAAAGGCCAAGCCGGAGACUUCACCUGUUGCGAGCGUGAGGUUGCUGAGUGCUUUGCGAGUUCAAUCGAAAGGGCGCUUUCAUGGGCCUCAUUAGCCUCCCCGAGGGAGAACGCGGAGAGCAGAUCCCUCUUUGCCUCCGCUGCGUGACAUUUAGCAGCACAAAUUAACAUCCAUGCAGAAGCGAGUUAACAGAUGAUUUCCUGGUUCCUCUCUCCCCUUCCCUCCCUCUGCCAACCUUACAGGGCAAGAGGGGACAGGAAAGAGAUGCCAGCUCUUUUCCACCCCACCCAGCUUGUGUGUGAAUACUGUAGAACUUCGCAAGAAGCCUCACUGUUCUUCAUUAUUAUUUUAUUAACUGGACUUGCUAGUUGCUUUUGAAAAAUGAAACGUAAACUCAUUUUUCUAUAUAACACAAGCAUCAAAACCACUAUAAAACUGAAACGAAACAAGAGCUCAAAACACGGAUGUAUGUAAAAAGGCUGUCUAAUACACCCCACAAAGGGGUUGUAGUAUCUAAAACUCUCCAAGAUAAAGGCCAAAAACCUGGAUGAAAAGUAGUGUUACUGCCGGGCUCCUAAAAGUAGCCAGUGAUGGCACCAGGCAAGCCUCCCUGGGGAGAGCAUUCCAAAGGCAGGGAGCCACCACCAAAAAGACCCUGUUCUCAUGUCACCACACUCCAGACCUCCCUCUCAGAGGGCCCAUGGAGAAGGACCUCAGAUGUUGGUUGCAGGGUCCUGGGCGGGUCAUGAUCAGUGGAUCUGCUCAAAGUCCUCCCAAAUCUGAGCCCCUGAGCACUUUCCAUCGCCUCCUUUCUCGCCCACAUCCCUCCACCCCCCGCAAACGUCUCCCACACCGCCUGCGCUCCCCAAGCUCUGCCUUUGGCUCCCGAAACGCUUGCACGGCCAUUCACAGGCUCCUCUUCCGCAAGCAUCUCCUUGCCAGCUUUUGGCAGAUUGAGUCCCGGGGGUGGAGGGGGUGUUCUCUUGGAAUUUGACAAGCGAGGAAAAUUUGGACACGGGAAAUAUAUUCUCUGCUUGUACGUUUUGGACGAGCCAAGUCCCAGCUGAUUUACGACCGUCCGACACACUUGGCUGUACUCUUCAUGUAUGUUCUGCAUUAUGUGUCGCCCGGAAUUAUUUUCAUAUGUCAGUUGGUUGGACUUGUGGUGCCAUAUACAUAGAAGCAGCGACCCCUUUCGCUGAUUUCUGGUUACUGAUGCAUAUAUAUGGCAUGUAUAUUCAUUUCCUUUGGUCACCAGUGGCGGGGAGCAGCUCACCCUCAAAGCAACCAGUGCUGGCUGUUCCCAAUGUACCACCUUGGCUUCAGGCACUGUCUCCUUCUGUUGUUAGAGCACGGAUGGAGAGCCUGUGGCCUCCCAGAGAUGUUGGUGGACUACAACUCUCGUCACCCCUGACCAAUUGGCCUUGCAGGCUGGGGAAAAUGGAAGUUGGAGUCAAACAGCACCUGGAUGGCGGCUAUGGGUUCUUCAUCCCAGCUCUAGUGUUACCGGGACCUGGUGCUGGUCAGCCGGGAUGGGAUGAGUGCCGUAUUGAACAAGAUGAACCAGAUUCUGAUGGAGAAGUACCUGAAGCUGCAGGACACGUGCCGUACGCAGUUGGUUUGGCUGGUGCGGGAGAUAGUGCGGAGCGGGAUUCUGGGCAUCGAAGGGGUCUGCAUGACCUUCAUGAAGCAGAUCGCAGGCGGAGAUGUAACAGCGAAGAAUAUCUGGCUGGCAGAAAACAUCCUCGAUAUGCUUACUGAGCAGAGGGAGUGGGUUCUGAAGAGCGCCAUGCUGAUUGCCAUGUCCGUGUACACCUACCUCCGCCUGAUCGUCGACCACCAUGGCUCCCCACCCCUGCAUGCCCUGAGGCAGAAGGAGGUGGAAUUCUGCAUCUCCCUGCUCCGCGACCGGUUUAUGGAUUGCCUUAUGAUUGGCCGAGAUCUGGUGAGGCUUCUGCAGAACGUUGCUAGGAUACCCGAGUUUGAACAGCUCUGGAAGGACAUUAUCCACAACCCACAGGUGCUGAGCCCCCAGUUCACAGGCGUUUUGCAACUCUUGCAGUCUCGGACUUCGCGCAAGUUCCUGGCUUGCCGCCUCACGCCCGACAUGGAGACCAAGCUGCUCUUCAUGACCUCCCGGGUGCGCUUUGGCCAGCAGAAGCGCUACCAAGAUUGGUUUCAGCGGCAGUACCUCUCCACCCCAGACAGCCAGUCCCUGCGCUGCGACCUCAUCCGCUACAUCUGCGGAGUGGUCCACCCGUCCAAUGAGGUGCUGAGCUCCGACAUCCUCCCUCGCUGGGCCAUCAUUGGCUGGCUGCUCACCACCUGCACGUCCAACGUUGCUGCUUCCAACGCCAAGCUGGCCUUGUUCUACGACUGGCUAUUCUUCAACCCCGAGAAGGAUAGCAUCAUGAACAUUGAGCCUGCCAUCUUAGUCAUGCACCAUUCCAUGAAACCCCACCCGGCCAUCACUGCCACCCUGCUGGACUUCAUGUGUCGGAUCAUUCCUAAUUUUUACCCCGCGCUGGAGGCCCACGUGCGGCAAGGAGUCUUCAACUCCCUCACCCACAUUGUGGAGAAGCGAGUCUUAGCGCACCUGGCUCCUCUUUUUGACAACCCAAAGCUGGAUAAAGAACUCCGGGCCAUGCUGAGAGAGAAAUUUCCAGAGUUCUGCAGUUCCCCGUCGCCUCCCGUCGAAGGUAGAAUGGAGGCAGUGAAAAUUGAGGAGCCGGUUUCCAUGGAAAUGGAAAAUCACAUGUCCGACAAAGAUGACAGUUGCUACGACAACGCAGAGGCUGCCUUCAGCGACGACGAAGAGGACUUGAACAGCAAAGGGAAAAAGCGGGAGUUCCGGUUCCACCCGAUCAAAGAAGCCGUCGUAGAAGAACCAGUGGACAUCACCCCUUUCCUGGACCAGUUGGACGAGACCCUCAAGGACAAAGUCCUCGUGCUGCAGAAGGGGAGCGACACAGAAGCUCAGUGUGAGGUCAUGCAGGAAAUCGUGGACCAAGUCCUGGAGGAGGAUUUCGACCAGGAGCAGCUGUCGGUUCUCGCUUCCUGCUUACAGGAGCUCUUCAAAGUUCACUUCCGGGGAGAGGUCCUGCCGGAAGAAAUCACAGAAGAGUCUCUAGAGGAAUCCGUGGGGAAGCCACUUUACCUAAUAUUUAGGAACCUCUGCCAGAUGCAGGAGGAUAACAGCAGCUUCUCCGUGCUCCUGGAUCUGUUGUCAGAGCUCUACCAGAAGCAGCCCAAGAUCGGUUACCACCUUCUCUACUACCUAAAAGCCAGCAAAGCAGCAGCCGGGAAGAUGAACCUCUACGAGUCCUUUGCCCAGGCCACGCAGCUGGGCGACCUGCACACCUGCCUGAUGAUGGACAUGAAGGCUUGCCAGGAGGACGACGUCCGGCUCCUCUGCUUCCUCACUCCUUCCAUAUACACUGAGUUUCCAGACGAGACCCUGCGGAGCGGGGAGCUGUUGAACAUGAUUGUGGCCGUCAUUGACUCAGCUCAGCUCCAGGAAUUGGUCUGCCACGUUAUGAUGGGAAACUUGGUGAUGUUUCGGAAGGACUCCGUCCUCAAUAUUCUGAUUCAGAGCUUGGAGUGGGAGACCUUUGAGCAAUACUGCACGUGGCAGCUGUUUCUGGCCCACAACAUCCCCCUGGAGACCAUCAUCCCCAUCCUCCAACAUCUCAAGUAUAAAGAGCACCCCGAGGCGCUUUCCUGCUUAUUGCUGCAGCUGAGACGGGAGAAGCCUAGUGAAGACAUGGUGAAGAUGGUCCUCAGCCGGCCAUGCCACCCGGACGACCAGUUCACAACCAGUAUUCUCCGGCACUGGUGUAUCAAGCAUGACGACCUCUUGGCCGAGCACAUCAAGUCCCUCUUGAUCAAGAACAACAGCCUUCCCCGGAAACGCCAAAGCUUGCGCAGUUCCAGCAGCAAACUCGCCCAGCUCACCUUGGAACAGAUCCUGGAGCACCUAGACAACCUGCGCCUGAACCUCACCAACACCAAACAGAACUUUUUCAGCCAAACCCCGAUCCUGCAGGCGCUCCAGCACGUCCAGGCCAGCUGUGACGAAGCCCACAAGAUGAAGUUCAGUGACCUCUUCUCCCUGGCCGAAGAGUACGAGGACUCCUCCAGCAAGCCUCCAAAGAGCCGCCGGAAAGCCACCGUCUCCAGCCCCCGCAGCCGGAAGAAUGCGGCGCAGCCCGCCAACAACGAGGAAGACACUGCCUCCAGCAGCGCCUCGGAGGAGGAAGACACAAAACCCAAACCCACCAAGCGGAAGAGGAAAGGCUCCUCGGCGGUUGGCUCGGACAGUGACUGAGGGGGGCAGGCGAGACCGCCUUGUCGCUAGCGGCUCCCAGGGUGACCGCAGGCAGCGGCAGAGAGCGGAUCUGGAGCGGCCGGGCCGGAGUCACCAUUGGCAGCGAGGACAAUGCUCUCUAAAGAAGGGCGCCAGCGGGACUUGGGACGCUCGGGCGCCCCCUUCCCCCCCCUGGCACCGUUACAGCCUCUGCCCCGCUCCCUGUGCCUGCGAGACACUCUCUGCCCUCGGCGUCGCCACCCAUCCUCGCCUGCCCGUCUUUUGUGCCGUGGGCGGGGGGGACAUGGGUGGUUUUCCUCAGGCCUGUCCUUUGCGAUGCGGGGGCCACCUCAUUCUGAGAGAGCGACAGCGGGCAGCGGCGCCAGAGAGAGGGGGCCGUGCCUGCCUCUCCCCUCUUCUCUCCGAAAUGUAAAUAAAUGGUGUGAACCGGCUAACUCCCGUCAGUGCUGCUUCCGGCAGGGAGAACCGGGAGUGGGGCUGGGCUUGGGGGGGGGGGCUGGAAAUGUGAGGAGGGGCAGGCGGGGGUUAUCUCAGAGCCGGGCCAGGCUUUUCCUGGCAUCGUUUCCCCCCCACAGCGCCAGAAGCCCUUCUUCCCCAUUCUUGUCGUGUGUGUGCCGUUCCACCUCCAGAGAGAGAGAGAGAGAAAGGCCAUUUUCUCCACACAGAGAACAUUCCGGUUAACCACCCCAAAGCCUCAAACACUCCCCCCACCCCACUUCCCAAGGAGGUUGGGGGGCAAGGAGGCUUUCCUUCCUGCAGCCUCCCUGCCCUUCCGUGUACGAUGGUCAGAGAAGCCUCGCUGCCCCGUUCCUGCCUCAAAACGACAACCCCCCCCCCAGCCAUACGAAGAAAUGACUGCUAGGCUGUCGGCAUGAAGGAUGGCUCCCCCCUGCCCCGCCCUGCAUCCUCCCGGCCAGCUUUUUGAGAAGCGGCCCCCCUCCUUCCUGAGACCCCCUCUCACAGGGUUGGGGGGCGGGAAGGGGAGGCGGUGAUGGUGGUGGGAGGAGCAACCGACUCAGCGACAGGCGAGCGAGAUGAGAUGGUAGUUAUAUUUUUAAUUCCCCGCCUACCCACUGAGAGAUUAUCAUUUUUAAGUGGUUUUUAAAAGAGACAAUAAAAACUGUCAACAUGUUUUUUGUACA